UCAUCACUUUGAACUGAAUUAACUUCAUUUUGAUUGAUUAAAUGUUUGCCAAAAAUGUAUAUUUUUUAUGUAUAACUCUUGUUCAACAUGAUUUACUUCCAGACAUCUUUGGAGUUUCCAUUGUAAACACUAACUUCAGUUGAACCACUUCGACUAAUUAAAAGCCACCAAACUGCAUUGUAUCUUAUUGUGAAAUAAUUGUGGGUAUGAUGCCGGACAGUGCUAUAAUGAAACCUCUGACAUAAUUGGAUGUGGAACAGCUUAUUACUUAGGCCCUAAGCUAUGAUUCAGCCCCAUGAUGUAAGACUGCCAACAUGGCAGGCACUAUCCGCAACGUAGCCACGAGCUCCCACAACCUCAGAGAACCUAGGCACCAGUCACACUGAAACUAGAAUUUCAGUGGAAAAGUAAAUAUCAGCUAGGGCAAAAGACGCAUCAGCAUCAUCAUCUUCAUCGUCAUCAUCAUCAUCAUCAUCGUCAUCAUCAUAGUCCACUUUAGGAAUAAAACUAUUCUUUGCCUUACAAGUCAAAAGUACCUCCAGUGUAGUCUAUUUACUUACAUAAUUACUGUUGUGUUUAUUUAUGGCAUACUACAUAAUUUGUUUCAGUCUGUAAAAGGGCUGAAAGUUGAGCAACAAUCUUAUGAGGAUGGAGCUAUCAAAUGCAGGUUUGGACGAGAUAAACAGGAUAAUAUCAUGGCUGCUGACCUAACUAAGCAUCUGUUUAUUAUAUUUGCCAUAGGACCAACAGGUCCCGAUAAUUCUCUUAAAGAACACAGUUGGAAAGCUCACUCCAUGAGUCCAGUGAAUCUUGCUGAAAUUCAGAUCCUGGAAGCUUCUGUUUAUGACUUGUCAUUCAUUCAAAUACAUGCGGUUUUGAUGGUGAUUGCAUGGGUAGGAUUUGCGACAGUUGGAAUGUUCAUAGCGCGAUUCAUGAGGCCAGUGUGGGGUGAAAAGAAUGUUUGUGGAAAGAGAAAGUGGUUCCAGGUACAUCAAGCCUUGAUGAUCAUUACAGCACUUCUAACAGUAACAGGAGUUGCAUUUGCUUUUAUAUACGUUGGUCACUGGUCUCAGGAUGCCGGUGCUCAUCCAUUCAUUGGCAUUAUUGUACUAUCAACAGCAGUUAUUCAGCCACUUGUAGCUUUUUUCAGACCUCCCCCAGAUGGAAUAAGACGCAAGCAGUUUAACUGGGCUCACCGGAGUUGUGGAAUAAUAGCUUUAGCAUUAGCAGUGAUAAAUAUCUUCCUGGGUUCUGUACUACCAGUCUUUCACCUGGACGAUUCCGCUGUGUAUGUGAUGAUAGUGUACCUCCUUGUACUAGCAGCAGUGGUGGUGUUUGAAAUCUACCUGGCACUCGUGAAAGCAAAAGAUGUUAGUAACUAUAGCGUGCUUUCUACACCUCAGGAUGACGAGGUUGAACUCACUUCAGCACCAGUCAGUAGAACUCAGAGUGACAUUAAAAAGAUAUUCAGGUUACACAAUGUGAUGUUUGGAGUUGUUAUUCUGGUGGUCAGUGUUGUUUGUUUAGCAAUGCUGGUGCUGAUCACUGCACACGAGGAUGCUGAUGAUGAUGACUGAUUUGAUGUCACUCUUUUUAGCAUAAACAUAGGUUGAAAUAUGAUCAAAUUUCUGCUAUUGAUGUUUUUUUGAUUUUUUGUUCUCUUCAUGGCACAUUCUUUCAAUGACAGUAGCUAUUGUUACAGAUGCUGCUUAGUUUUUGGCAAUGUUUUACCUCAAUACCAGGAAGACUUCAUCUUAAGGAUGAAACUAUUCAAAUACCAACUCUGAAUUUUGAAAGGGCAUGGCACCAUCCAAAGGAAUUUGAUCCCGGUGUAUUGAAAAAUACUUUUUUCCAUGAUGCUGGUGUAAAAACUAAAACUUAUACAAAGAAUUUCUGUGGGCAUUAGCAGUUAGCCAGCCAGUAAUUUUGCCAUUUUUAGAUGGCUGUGCUAAAUGCACAUUAGACUCUGUACUAUUUGAGAUGGCCUCACUCACUGAAUGCCAAUAUCUCCUUCAAUACUACACCCAAGGAGUUAAAACAUUCACCAGUUACUAAGCAGCUUAAUAUUUGGGGUCAAUUUGUAUCCAGGAAAGUAGCAUGACACAAAAUGUUAACGAUGAUGUAAAUGAAGUAUGUUUUCAAUGAUUUGUAAACAGACAAUGGUUUUGCAGUAAAGCAAUUCUUCAGAUUACAAAGUUGAAGUUUGUUAAAGUA